CCAUCUGGAAGGAACAGUCCACUAAGCCACAGCAAGAAUGAAGCUAAUGUUACUCUUAGGAGUUCUCCUGGCACUGUCUGUGGUUGCACUGGCCCUAAAGGACCCGAUCUGUGGUCAACUGCCGGCAAGGCAGGGCGAAGCUGGACAGAGAUGCUUUGCCUACAUUCGCAAAUAUACCUACUAUCCUCACAUGGACAAGUGUCAACUGUUUAUAUACGGCGGAUGUGGUGGCAACGAUAAUAAUUUCAAAACAAUUGAGGAAUGCGAGGCUACAUGCAAGGAAAACCACACCCAAGUAUAGAUGCCAAAAACAAAUAAGAGAGGCAUGGAAAAUGUUUGAGCAAACUUUAAAUAAAGGACACCAAAACUCAAA